CCGAUAAAUUAUUCCGAAAACGAUGAUGGCUGCUUGCUUCACGAGUCUAUCUCUUCCCUCUGCAACUCCUCCGCCUCCAUCUCAAUCUCAUUGUUUAAGUUCACUAGCGCUCCAUAAAAACAGACUAUUUAGUGGUGCGAUUCGAUUUGCUCGAUUGCAAUGUCACCGUUGCUGCGGUGUUACGAGCUCGAGGAUUGAGAACUCUCAUGCGCUCAUUGAUGACGAUAUCCAUGCGCUGUUGCAGAUUCUUCCACAUGAUUUGCGCCAUAAUCUUUUGGAUGACUCCAAUCGGCAUGACCUUAUGGAGGUGAUAUUGGAUGUGGGUCGUCCCCCACAUGCAUGUUAUUUUGGAGAUCUUGGCAGACGGCGUCUUAGGAAGACGGAGGUGUCCGAGGAAGAACUGGAAUAUGCGCAAAAUGCAAUUGGAGAACUAGGUGGAGAUAAUAGAGCUGGAAUUGUAGGCACUCUGCAUCGGAUAUCUGCAAUCAAGAACAGGAAAGGGAAAGUGAUUGGUCUAACUUGCAGAGUGGGAAGGCCACAUAGAGAAAAUAUGGACAUGGUCAAGGAUUUGCUUGAGUAUGGUAAAAGCAUCUUGUUUCUGGGAAGGCCUGGUGCUGGAAAAACUACAGUCAUGCGAGGGAUAUCUCGUGUAUUGUCAGAUGAGCAUCUAAAGAGAGUGGUUAUUGUUGAUACAAGUAAUGAAAUUGGAGGUGAUGGAGAUAUUCCACAUCCAGCAAUUGGGGGAGCAAGGAGAUUGCAAGUUUCUGAACCAUGCAUGCAGCACAAAGUGAUGAUUGAGGCAGUAGAAAAUCACAUGCCUGAGGUGAUAGUUGUUGAUGAGAUUGGCACAGAAGCUGAAGUGCGUGCUUGCUGUACUAUUGCACAGAGAGGAGUAAUGCUUAUCGGUAGUGCUCAUGGGAAGCGAAUCGAGGAUGUUAUAAAAAAUCCCACUCUUUGUGAUUUGAUUGGAGGGCUGGAAACAGUGGUUUUGGGCGAUCAAGAAGCUAGGACCAGAAAUAGUAAGAAAAGCGUUAUUGAGAGGAGAGCUGAUCCGACAUUUCCUUUUCUUAUUGAAAUGAGGGAAAGACAUAACUGGGUGGUACAUCGGACUGACAAGAGUGUGGAUGCGUUGCUUCAAGGGAAAAAGCCGUUGGUUGAGGUAAGGCGCAGAGAUGAACAAUUUAAUGUUGUGAUGGAGAGAUGGAAGACUGAUGACUAAAAACUGCCAUUCCUGCCUCCUUGAUCAAGAUAGAGGGCAUGAUGAAUACAGACUACAAAAGUAUCCAGUUUAGCUUGGAAAUUAUUUGCAGAUAUAUAAGUAGUAGGACAAGCUGAAUGGUUUGUGCAGUAUUUCACCCAAUUGAACUACUGUGCAUACCAUAAUUUACAUGGCAAUGAACUAAUGACGUCGUAUAAUUUCCUUUUCC